GCUCCGGCCAUGCUGGUGUGCCGGCGGGCGGCGUCGGCCAUCUCUGCGGGGAGCGGGCGGUGGGCGGGCUGUCUGCGCGGCCGCCGCCUCUCCAUGGCGAAAAGCAAGUUCGAGUACGUGCGGGACUUCGAGGCGGACGACACCUGUCUGCCCAACUGCUGGAUAGUGGUCCGGCUGGACGGCCGCAACUUCCACAGGUUUUCUGAGCAGCAUGAGUUCAAAAAGCCAAAUGAUGACCGUGCUCUUCAUCUGAUGACCAAGUGUGCCCAGACAGUGAUGCAAGAAUUGGAGGAUAUUGCUAUUGCUUAUGGACAGAGUGAUGAAUAUAGUUUUGUUUUCAAAAAGAAGAGUAGGUGGUUUAAAAGAAGAGCAAGUAAGUUCAUGACUCAUGUGGUCUCCCAGUUUGCCUCAAGUUACGUUUUCUAUUGGAAGGAUUACUUUAAGGACCAGCAGCUUAUGUACCCACCAGGAUUUGAUGGACGAAUUGUGUUGUAUCCCAGCAACCAAAAUUUAAAGGACUACCUCAGCUGGAGACAAGCAGAUUGCCAUAUUAAUAACCUUUAUAAUACAGUGUUUUGGAUGCUUGUACAGCGAAGUGGUUUGACACCAGUGCAAGCACAGGAUAGACUCCAGGGAACUUUGGCUGGAGAUAAGAAUGAAAUCUUAUUUUCUGAAUUCAACAUCAACUACAACAAUGAACCUUUGAUGUAUAGAAAAGGAACUGUCUUAAUAUGGCAGAAGACUAAUGAAGUCGUGACAAAGAAAAUAAAACUGCCAAAGGAAGCAGAAGAAAAGGAAGUUGAAGUGACCCGGACUAGGACUAAAGUUGUUCCCCUGCACUGCGACAUUAUUGGGGACCAGUUCUGGGAGGAAUAUCCUGAGAUUCUGGCUGAGGAUAGUUGAUAUCUCUGAUGACUGUAACUGGUAGUUUACAUUUUGCUCUGCUUGGGUUGUUGGCAAGUGAGGAGUAUGAAUGGUGGCUGGCAGAGUUUAACCUGUAACCCUUUUCAACAGCUACAUGGGUUUUAGGACUGUUGUUGCCUGAAAGACACUGGUAUGUUGUCUGACAUGCAAGGAUAUGCCCACAUGGAAAACCUAAAAACAUAUCAUAUUUUAAAUGUUAAGAACUCAUGAUAAACUAAGACUGCUCCUUCCUUGUACAUGCAUAAUUGUAGAAAAUGUGUAUAGAAAUUUCAUGCAUUUCUAUAGCAUUUAAACCAUGAGGUAUUUUACUGAACUGCCGAAUUAUAAAAAAGCUUGCAUGUUUGAACAGUUAAAAGCAGAGGAGAAAAUAAUUAUUUUGAUUUUUGUUUUAACUGAGAUGGACCAGAAUACUUCAGUUGGCAUUUAGUGUUAAGGCUAGUGUGUUUAGUCAGAUUAGUGACAAACUGUUCAACUGCCUCAUGUCUCUGAUUCUUACAGAAAGGAAAUGGAGUAGCCCAGCAGUUCCCUAUGACCGAUUUUAAAAGCUUUUUCAAAUGCACAGGAUUUUUAUACUUUUUAAAAAUUUAAAAAAAAAAAAAAAAAAUUUCUGUGUGUCUUACUUGGCCUUUCUCAUUCCUGGGACUUUUACUAGUAAUUGGCGAAAGUUCCAAACAGUGAAGUUAAUGAUAAAGAUACUGUACAGACUUGAAUUCUCUUAGGACAUGGGUAGACAUUGUGCUCUCAUCUUCCGUGGCCUGAGAAGUCAUCUAUCUCCUACUGUGCAGUAGAGUGAAAGGCAACAACACAGGAGAACGUUCCUGGUGCCUGCAAAGAGGGUGCUAACAAGAACUUGUAUUGCUGUUCUCUGAUUUUCCUGUGGAUGACACAGACAAAGCAGUCCUGACAAUACAUGUUAGUUAGAGGGAAGGGGUGAGUGUGUGCUGCGUGGUCUAUGCACAGUUUUGUUCUGGUUUAACUAUCAGUUAAGACCCUUUGACAAAACAGUUAAACUGUACAACCUCUCAGAGCAGAAAUAUUCCUGCUAAUGUACAGGGGCUUGUCCCCGUGUAACUGGAAUUUGAGGGAAAUAACCUCUUUCAGCAUAGGAAUACAACUAUAAUGAUAUAUAAUAGGUAUUUAUAAGGAUAUUAUUACUGGUUUUAACCGUGCUGGUUUCAAAAACAUUGUGCUAGAACAGUAAUCUGGCGAGCUGUUGCUAAGGGAGAGAGAGUCAGCAGUUGGGACUGGUCAAAAAAAUGGAAAGGAAGGAUCAAAUGUGACUGAAGAAGGUCAGUACUGAGUUAGUUUCCCACGAAUUCGCAUAGCAGCCUACUGUCUGUUUCCCCUUUUCUUCCGGCAGAAAGAACUUACACAUUUAAGGCAAUGUGCAUUUCGGUGUGUGGGGGGUGUGUGUUUUGUUUUGUUUUGUUUUUUAAAAACACUAAACAGGUACUGAUGUAAACUACUACUUGCAGUUUCUUCCUGAGAUUAACCAAUGUAUCUGUGCAUUUAUGAUAGCACAGGGCUUCCCCUCUACUGCUGUGUGCUAAUACUGAGCCGUUAAGUACAUGCAAUGAGAGAAUGCGUAUCAUUUUUGAUUUGUAGAAUGGGCUGUAUAAUUCUCAGGAAGAGGAUAUGAGGGAUUGUGAGAUGAUGAUUCUGAAUGAAUCAUUGCACCAGUCAUUUACCGCCAAGAACUUCCUCUCUGUCUGUUUUUUUUGUCUUGUAACACAAAGGUAAUUUACUUAACUUUGAAAUGCCAUGUGUUCCUAUCUGGUGCCUGACUUUGGACAUUACAUAUAAAGCAACUGUUCUAGAGGUGGUAACACUUGGAUUUUGCAGUCUGAGUAAAGACCAAAAAAAAUUAUGUAGAUUUUUUUAUCAUAUAUAUUACGACUACCCAAUACGUAAAUGGAUUGUAUUGUAGAACGUAUGUACUCUGCGUGUGUAUGUGUGU